AUGAUUCUGUUAUGGGUCCCACUAAUUCUGCUUCAUCAAGGCUAUGCCUUGGUUCCAGUGAUAAGAGUUCAACUGGGUCAACCUGUGACGGUGACAUGUGUUUUAAGCGAGGCGCUUCAGAGCGUCAGUUGGCUUUACUGGUACAAGCAGAGUGCAGGAGAUACUCUGAAAUUAGUUUCAAUGCUGCGUAAAAACACAAACCCCACGUAUGGACCAGGAUUUUCUGCCUCGAGGUUCAACACAACGUAUGACGACAAAAUUAGCAACUUGACAAUCUUGAAGGCCUCAACAGAAGAUGAAGGAAUGUAUCACUGUGCUUACCUUAACUGGCUCCAAACUAUGUGGAGUGGAGCUUAUUUGUCAUUAAAAGGUAAUGAAAGGAGAACAUCAAACUACAAAGUUGUUCAGCAGCCUGCAGUUUCACAUUCUGCUAAUCCAGCAGACUCAGUGUCUCUGCAGUGCUCCUUCCUCUCCGACUCCGACCAAAAGCCAUGUUCAGAGGAACCCAGUAUGUUCUGGAUUAGAGCUGGAUCUGACAAACCUUACCCGGAUCUCAUCUACACUGAAGGAAAAAGUUCAAGAACUUGUGAAAAGAGAGCCGGCAUUCAGAAGAGAUGCAUUUAUAACUUCUCAAUGAAAGCCAGCUCCUCUGAUGUUGGGACUUACUACUGUGCUGUCGCCACAUGUGGAGAAAUAUUAUUUGGAAAUGGAGCCAACCUGAAUAUUCAAGCUCCUGCUAAGCUGCAAAAACCUCAGAACAGCCAACAGAGAUUUGGAGACAGACGGGUGUACACCGCUGCAGUCUUCACCGUGAUGAAAACGGAUCAUAAUGCUGAAAAAUCACCAGAAAAAGAAAAGUUUGCUGCUGUAAAAGCUUUUGGUCUUUAA